UCAACCAUCAACCCUCCACCUCACUGGUUUCAUCGGCGCCGUUCGCCCAAACGUGGUACAGGGUAGGCUUUUGGUAGACAUCGUCAACCUCUCAUGGGAGCACGGCCUGAUCUCAAUGAGGGCGUCACGUUGCUGGUUUCGUGGGCGCUGAGACUGGCUCUCAAGCAACCGGCUCAUCAGGGGGACGAAGUUGCGCAGCAGCUAUUGUGUGUCGGAGAUUCCCUGGAUGUGCUUCGAUCUGAAGCAGCCGCAUUGCCGAGGGAUGCACCAAGGGUAGGUCUCAUCGUCCAGCCAUAUGUUUGGGCCCUGGCUCUUGCGAUGGUCGACCUCGCCAAUCGGCGACGCAAGGGCAUAUACAGGCGAGCGGACAUGAAUGGAGUGAUAAGUAAGGUGGAACGACAGCCUCAGGUUUGCGCGUUCAUUGUGCAAUUCUCUCUGCCGAUACACCUGGGCAUUCUAUCGACAAGACGCACUCGUUGGUCAUCGAUUCUACUUUCACCCAUGUCUGAAGCCUACCUUGUUGCGCUUCCUGUCCUGCGUCCGUGGUUGCAAAGGUGCUUUGCCGACAAGGGAUCCAUCACCUCUCUAGAAACUGGCCACGUGGCGGAAGCAAUCGAACACGAGGCAUACUCCUUUGUGGAAAUGGCUUCCGAACUCUUCGCUGCAGGCUGUACUGGAGCAGGGAAGCGGACUGGCUUCGGCUGUUCCGCGGCGCCUCUUGCGCCGCUGUUCGGGGCUUGCGAAAUGUGUGAGACAACCGCCGUCAAGUGCCACCGGUUUUUUCCCACGCCCUGUCGGCCGGAGCUGUGUGUCUGUACGCAUGGCUCUUCCCACCAUGCCUGUAUUGAUCCCCGCGUCACCCCGAUUUUGUUACCGGCUUUGAUGGAGCGGCCGGGAGAGAAUGAGGUCGGAGCUCGGGCCACUUGUGACUCCCGCGCCACACAAUCGCCAUCGGCUCGACGGAACCUUGCCGCUGUGGACCUCCUUCGACGUGGUGAGAGUUUUAUUUCGUCGAUUGGACAGGCAGGAAUCCGAGACCUGUUGGGACUGAAGCGGACGGCGGGAAGCAUCGAUGGUUGCCUUCCCCCCUCUCGCCGCGUCCUAUUGAAGGCCAUCAACAAGCCACACGUGUUGGUGGUGAGCGAAGGGUGCGCAGUCACGCGUUCCUCAGAAUCAUGUCUUGCGACUGAUGGGAGCGACAAGAGAAGCGAGGGACGCGCGAUACGACCGAGGGCUACGACCGCCUGCAAUUUGACGGUGGGUGGCCGCGCUCUUUGCAAGCAUGCCGUGCGCGCAAGAGAGGGCUGGUGGGGAGAGUGUGGGGGUACAGAAGCAGAAAAAAAUGACCGCGCCGAGGAGGUGACGUUGCGAUUGCUGGCGGGGGCCACGUGGGUAAACCUUCACGUGUUCGGAGGAGGAGGGAAAGAUGGCGUGCUCGAGGUACGAGAAGAGUCGGGCUAUGGAGCCCGUUGGAGUGCAGACGGUGCUGUAUUUCGAGGGUUCGUUGAGCCUCAUAUGAAGGACGGGCACGAGAAGGGCUGGAGACAUUGAUUUGGUUUCGCUUGCCGUGAAACGCAAUCGACGUGGCUGGUGUACAUCCGGUAUCUGUAUGUUUCUUGGAGGCGCGUUCCAGCGGACGGCGACAAAUCAUCUGACACAGGUGCCCAGUUUUGAGUGUACUGAAGUGCAACUGGAACAUGGGCAGCAUAUCCUCAUCGAGUAUCUUGUUCCGGAUGACCCCUGACCGGAGUUCUUCGAUUCAAGGGGCGAGGCCAUAUAGUGUGCAGUCUAUGCUGCGAAAACGGUAUUAUCGAUGGAAUUGCGGCAGAACAUGUGAUGCGUUUAUUUCCCGGUCUGAUGUCGUACUCUUGUGUGCUCGCCUGUCUUUGUCGUUCACGUAUGCGUGUGAUUGGGCAGUGACCUGCCCACAUCUUGAGGUGUUGUCGGACCCGGCACAGCACAAACGUUCCGAUGGCUGUGUACUACGACACGUGUCCGCUAUACGCCGUUCAUCGGUCUUGUUUUUGUUCGUCUAGCCUUGAUUGUACCGAGGAAUUGCACAUGUUGUACGGGCUGAUACCAUGGUCAGGCAAUUGGAAUGAAGACAAGCGAAUAUAUUGCUGACUGUGAAUGUUGAGAGAACGACGACAAUGUCAAUGUCCGUACAAGGAUUCGGGACGACCGAAAGCUCAUGUAGACAGACAAAUGCGAAGGACAUCGUGAAUUAUUCGAGCAGUUGGCCGAAUGGAAUGAAGCCGAACUGCAUGCUAGACAUGACAUAAACGUUCACCACUUAACCUUGCUGGGAGGCCUUGGCUGCAAGUGCG